AGGCGUGAUUUACUCUUCAAUUAAAAUUAUAUUAGAGUUCUAGUUUUGAGCAAUAGGCUGUCAUCCCAUAGAAUUUUCCCCUUUGGGCCCUACUAGUUCUUCUUGUGGCUGCUAUAAUGUUUCAUAAACAAGACAAUUAGACAAUGCCCCCUUUUUUCCUCGUAAUUACAUGAAGGUUUCUCUGGUUGACUUGCGAUUGAGUCUACGUACAUUUUUGCCCGUUUUUCCCUGCUUAUUAGGGGGCUUGCAUGUAUCCUCUAUGUCGACUUUCCUUUACUCCUUCUGAUCGUAUUUGGUCCGUGGUAACCAGCGCACGCAUUUCCACUGUGGUUCACCUUUUUUGAAUUUUUUAAUGAUUUGUUACUCGUGUUUCUGUUCGGAGAGAUCGUGAAGCAAAGAUGACGAUGCUUUUACGCGGUUCUUGGUCUGUGGCUUCUGCUUCCUCUAGAAUGGAAAUGGAGCACGGACAAUACAAGCGUUCUUCAGCAAUUAGCGAGGCAGCUUCUUCGAGGCCUCGUCAGUCACAGCUUGAAGCCUUCAAUGCACGGUGCAGACGGAGGAGAGGAGCUAAGAUGGCGGACAUUAGUACCUCUUUCGAUAGUACCAGUACAACUGGGAUGAAGUGCACUUUGUCGGAUAGAGAAGAGGAGAACGCGACUUGUUCAUCUAGAAAUAAUCAAGCACCAUGUACAUGUAGUGGUGUCUCGCUGUCGUUGAAUGAAGAUACUCGUCGACGAAAGGAAGACUUUUCCAGCAGCCACAAAGGAGUUACAACUAUUACUUUUACAUGGUCCACCUGGAGACAGCCUCAGCGAUUACUCAGCAGUACCUGGAGGGGACUGCUAUUAGCGCUUUUCUGGUUGACGGGGUCACCUGUUUCUGCGCAAAUUCGACUCCACUCGCCACAAGUGUUAGUCAAUGAAGUUUUCAACCGACAGAGCAAGCCAGGGUACAUUCAGGGUUCUACUGCGACUUUCGGAGCGCCAUACUAUGGGUUGCGAGUGAUGGGUAUUAUAAGCAUUUUUUUGUAUCAGUUGUUGGUGAUUUUAGAGUUGUACUAAAUUUUUGUAGAAGAAGAAGAUUGAUUUCCCACCAUGUAGAAGAAGAUUGACCUCCUACAAUGUAGAUUAUAUUAUGAGAUUGCCUUGUUAAUACUCUCAGGUAGAAUCAUGUACGCAGAGAGUAAAGGGCAGGACUACUGCACCGAAGAUGACUAUGAUUUACCAGAAGCGAAGGCGCCAGCCGCAGACAGCGAGGACUCGGAUAGGCGCCAAAUAAAUAUCGUCCUAGUACACCGCGGUCACAGCAAGUGUCGUUUCACGACUAAGGUACACCUUGAAUCUUCGUAAGUACGUAUUCACAAAUCAUACGUGGUCGCAGUUAUUCUCCGUACCACUUCUCAACAAAUAAACUCCUCUCCUCGGCAUAGGCAGUACUCGGGACUUUAGGAAAACUUCUUUCAUACAGGUUCGCAUAGCCGAGAAACACAAGAACGCGCACGCAGUGAUUAUCGUUGAUCGGGAGAGCAACAAGAAUAGAGACGUAACCAAGUUAAUCAUGUCAGACGAGAAUAACUUCGGGAACAGCAUAAAGAUCCCCUCCAUCCUCAUCAACUACAACGACGGCGAAAAGUUGAUCAAUGCCAUAAAAGAUGGUGGAGCAGGUACUUGUCCCACUAACAAACUGAAACAGGUUUUUAAACUUCGUCAUCUUCCCUCCUAUGACAACCUCACCUCUCAGAAUGGGCAUACUACUGCCAGUCCUACUCAUCACGUUUCCUUCGUAGCACACAACAAGUACAUGACAUCGUCAAAUUUCAGUACGAGGAUUUGACCACCAUGACAAUACAGGGUCAUCCAUUAUUGCCGAGCUUGUGUGGGACAUUCCAGUGAAUAACAUUGUCACAAUGGACCUUUGGAUGUCAGCCAAUUCUCGCGAGGCGAACGAGUUUUUAGUCGUACUUUUGUGAUGUUUUUUUGCUUGGUUGCGCACGAAAGAGCAAAAGGAGUUUCAUUUCUCGGAUACCUAGUUGUAGCAACUAGAAUCAUUGAAACAAAGAAGAACUUCGCCUACUUUAUGAUAGUCAAAUAAUGAAUUUGAAUAUUACUUUCAGGGUUUCAAGCCAGCAGCAGAAGCACUCGCCUACAACCUCAAGAUAGUUCCCCACUAUCACAUUUUUAGCCUCCCUUCGGGCCAGGACUUCGAAAACAUGUGCACCAGCCAGGAUGCGAGGUAUUGUCAAUUAUUCAUGUAUACGAGUCAGGACGCGAGUUAUUGUCCUCUUUUUGAUGCAUGUUAUUGGAUCAAAUUUAAUACUACUUUAGUUUUAGGCCGACAUUGUAAUCAUCAGGUAUUGCGCAGAGGACCCGGAUGGUGGUGGUCAGGUUACUGGUCGCGAUGUGGCCCUCGAGAGUGUAAGGCAAUUGUGCAUUUGGGAGGAAACGGCAGUGCGCGACCCAGAGCACCCGCAGAGUGGAGAGCGACGAAGAAGUUGGAAGUAUUGGGAAUAUGUAACCUCCUAUCUCUCUAGCUGCCCCGUGCACUCUGACGACCCAGAAACCAGAUUUGGCGAAAAGUGCUCGGAAAACCUCAUGCGGAGCAAAGGUACUUAUUAUGCGAGCCAAUUGAAAGAACGGCUACUUUCGCUUUUCACGACACUCACUCUCCUUAUUUUUUCCGACACCAGGCCUGGCGGUGGUACAGGAUUACCACUAGAGAUGCAGCGAUGACGAUUUUCCCGAACUCAACCUUCAUCCUAAGAUCAGGUAUCGACCCCGAACCCGUGCGACAAUGCAUGCAGAAUACCAUGGACGACAAACUGAAAGCACAGAAAAACAAUGUGGCUUGGUCAAAAUACGCAGUUCGAAUCAACGGAUGGAGAUUUGCUGGUGCGAUUGAACCAGACUUAUGCCUAACAAGAAUUUAGCGGGCUUCCUUUAUUAGUGAUCUACCUUGGUACUUUUUUUUUUCUUCCUUUACCUUAGUAUUUUUGAAGUUAACUUUGGAAUUGAAGUUCUUUUGGCACCUUCUUAGGUUGUAGUUACUGCACAUGAUAUAGGAUGAAAUCUACCAAGGACCUUAUGGAAGCUCUAACACACGGAAUUACACGUGCGAUAUGUAGCGCUUACGUGACGCCAGUGCCAGAGUGCGAUCAAUUUAUCAAGCCGCACUCGAAACUUGUCGCUGGGUCGGUCGUUGACGAGGGCGUCACUAUGGGAACGUUCAUGCUUCUGCUCGUGAUCCUAGUGGUCUCCCUCGCUCUCGGACUCCUUGUCUACAGAAUUAUGAAAAGAACUUGAACUUCUAUUCUUUUGUGAGUGACGGAGGAAGCACUGUUUUCGUAGAAGUUGUUUACCGACAUACAGAUAAACCGGGUAGAAGACAAAAGUUCCUCGACCUCCACUAUCAGUGUUCCCUCGUGUUACUUCCUGCAUAAAUAUUAGCAACCACGUCCCUCGUCUCACCCUUCAUUUUGAAGUUCUUCUUUGCGAAAUACAUUCAGAGGGCCUUGCGAGAAGAGGUGAUGCUCGAAGUGCAGAGUCAGUUGGCCGACUACAUCCCGUUGGAGGAGCGCACGCGCGGCUCUCCGCCCAAAACAGCUGAGUUUUAAGUGUACGCUCGUUCUGGAUGAUUCUGAUUCCUCGAGAUUGAUGUUUUACAGGACGUCGAAAAUACUACGAGUGCGAAGGAAAGCAUAAUUAUCCACUGCGCGCACACAUAUGACAACUUGCGUUAUUUCAAUGGUGCAACUACGAGGUGCGCGACCACAAUUCCGAGAAACCACCGCUUGGUGUACUUGCACUCAGCACACAGACUGCGCACCACGUUUUCCUCGUAGAACAGGAAACAUCAAAUAGUCGGCUCCAUUUUCACUUUUUCGAGCAGCUACUGAAUUCAAACAUCUUGUUGCAUGAAAUAUAUUUAUAUUUCCCCUUUAUUUCGAUUGACAGUCAAUCGAAAACUCUUAACCUUCUCACUUUUCAAUCACACAAUUAAAACAUGACAUUCACAUUGUUGCUGUGCCAGAACACUAUGACUAUGGCAAUCUUUUACGUCAUUGUCAUAUAAUGGAAAGCAUUUUGUUGAGAAAAACGCCGCUCAUCAAAGCUAUCUUGUGGAGAAAAAUCUUGAUCUUGACCACGAAGACUCUCUUCUUCUAUCUUGUAAAAUUUUGAAACUCAUUGACCUACACCUAGUCCUUCAAACAGAUGAAUGUUGUUCCUAGCAACACAGCGGGGCUGCAUGACAGAGGGCGCUAAACCUCGAACCUUAGCGAAGAGCUACGGCGGGUCGCGCCAGAGUUUGCUCCUGAUGCGUGUCUAUGAUUAGUUCAGAGCAAAAGAUGACGACGAGUGAGUAGUACUGAUUUUUUGACUAUGUGUAACACUAGUAUAUUAGUACUACUAGAGCGAGUGGAAGAUGAUAAUAGAGAUGGAUGUGAGAGCGAGCGACGCAAGGAGAUAAAAAGCAUGAGGGCUAGGACCUAUAACUAGUUGUAAGAGUUGUAAGCUAGUUGUAGUUGAGUAACUUCUGUAUCAAAAUAGGCGACAAGAAAAGCACAUAAUACGGGCAUUCGCCAUAGACCUAAUGGGAGCAUCUGCAUCGGGUUGUCCAACAUGAUCCAUUUCUUCUAAGGAAGAUAGCUACAGGUUAAGAUCCUUAAUACUGAGAUCAUAAAAUGAUUAUAGGUUUAACUCCAUUACGAUUACGAAGAUCAUCAUGGAUCACGAAGACAAAUCAGAAUUACUUAGUACGCAUAUAGAAGAUCAUGAUAACUGAGCACUCAAGCAAAGCUAUGAAAAGUUCUUCGUAGUUCCUCGCAGGAAGGAAGCGGAGGUCCGUUUGCUCUUAGCGAUAUUAGUGCCACAGCUACUCUACUCGACUUUUAGGGCAUCCAUGAUGGAGAAAAGCUUUCUCCACAGUUUGCCUACUUUGUUCAGGGUGUCGUACUUUCUUUCUAGAACAACAAGAACAUUUUCGAGCUCAAGAAUCUAUUAAGUUUAUCUUUGUUUUUCUCUAUUGAUAUGGCCCACGGUACCCGCACCGUAGCCAUUUUGGCUCAAUCAUCAUUUGAAGUGUAAGUUGGUUAUCAACUUACUUUCACUUGUAGUCGCAGUGUAGGCUACUAAAAGAACGUAGAAUUGCGAUGAUGAUGGCGCUUUGUUCAGCAGGCCUCAAGCGUGAUUCUUCUGACUCUAUUUGUCAAAAGGUUAAGUGAGAGUGACUAGAUGAACUUCGAGUAACGUAAUCCAACAUAAGUGAGUGUGCCCUCACUGGGCUGGUGAAUUAGAGUGUUACUCGAACUUUAUUCGUACGAGAGUUUUCUCAUUGUUGUGUGAACUCAUGUUUUCUCUUGUAUUCGAACUUGGUCUAGCCUAGUCACCUUAAAAGGGGUGUAAAACGUUGGACCCCUAUGCAUGAUCUCAGGACUUGACAUGUUGAGUGCAGAAUUCCCAAUUGGAAGUUCCGACUAUUCUCCAAAAAAUACCUUGGUCGACUGUCUUCACAAGAGCUAUUGUCUUCCACGACAGCUUCGAAAAUGAUGUGUUUUUAUAGUCUACCUUUGCGCCGUCUUGGCUGGAAGAAUUGCGACCAGCAGAGCUCUUCAUUGCUAGUGUGCUUGCGAUGUGCAUGACCCGAAUUUCUUAAGGUCUUUUGUUACAACAGAUCAAAU